AUGGCGACAACCUGGGACGCAGGAGAAAAGUCCGCCAUGGUAUCCAUCGGCACCCACGCGCUCUUCCUAUCAGCAUCAGGGCCAGGCCGCAAGCCCGGGGCACCAGUCGUGCUUCUAAUGCCAGGCUCAGGAAGCACGGUAGAUGAAUGGGUAGGUGUGCGACGCCUUGUGACUCCGUUCGCAAGAUGGGUCGAGUAUGACCGGCCUGGCUUGGGCAGGAGCGAGAGCCCAGUGGCACGGCCGGAUGCAAUUAGCGCUGUGUCUGCUGCUGGUGAACUUGAUGUGUUUCUGAAGAAAGCUGGUGUUGCGCCUCCGUAUCUGAUUGUGUGCCAUUCGUGUGGCGGCUUGAGUGCGCGAGAGUUUCUGCAUUUGCGACCGAAUGAUGUGGUGGGCAUGGUGUUCGUAGAUGCGAAUACGGAAAAGUCAUUUGAUGGUGGGAAUUGGCCGUUGCCGUAUAUUUCGAAUGUGAUGGGAGAUCUAGACUGGAAUGAGGGUACGGGGUUAACAGCGAAUCAGAAACUGGCCAAGGAAGAAUGGGAAGUAGUCUUGAAAAUGCAACAGGAUCCCCAGCAUCACCUCACUGAAGCUGCGGAAUCGCAGGGGUAUAAAGCAUCUCAGACCGUUUUGGCUGCGAAGAAGCAAUUUGAGAAACAGGCUCUUGGUGACCGGGCAAUCAGUGUGAUUAGAGGUAAUGCACCAAGGGACCUGCAACGUAUGUACGAUGCUGGUGUAGCGGCUGGGAAUGGGACUGAGGAAGAUAGAAGACUGUUUAGGGAGUAUCUCGAGUCUGCAGAUGAAAAGGAUCAUUUGUGGCAAGAGGAGAUAUUGCGACUUUCGAGCUUCGGGAGGUUGGUGAGGAGUACGAGUGGACACAACGUUCAGAUGGUCGAACCUGAGCUGGUGGCUGAGGAGAUCAGAUGGUUUACCACAAACUUCUUCUUCUUCCUCUCCCCCACAAUGUGUUUCUACGAUCGAUACAUCUUUGCCUGUGGCGAUAUAGAAUGGGCCUGUUUCCGCCAGUUCUGCCCCAAGAACACCCUCCUACGACACGUCUGCGGCAAGAAGAUGGAGAUGGAGCCUCCCGUCUCGCGGCCAACCCUCUGCCGCAUCUGCCUCGAGCUCAAGAAGAAGACGGAACGCAUCGGAGAACUAAAGUCGCACAUCCGGCGCAUGAAGAGAGAAGGCUCGCAGGACGACGAGGCGGAUCCGCGAAACGACUUUUUGAUUGCGACAGAUCUCCAGCGCAUUGAGGAUCUAAGAGAGGACCUGGUGCUGCUGCAGGAGCAUGCCACGACGUCCAAAGUCAUAUCGAGGUUUAAUGCCGUGGACGAGAUUGACAAGUUGGAGGAUGCACACGAUGCGAUUAAUGAUGAGAGGGUGCAGUUCCAGAAGUUCGCCAAGACUCUUGCCCUGGUGUUGGAGGAAUAA